AUGGAAGGCCAGGAAAACACCGCACAAGUUUCUCCCGCCAUAGAAGUCCCAAGUCAAAUGGAACGACAUACCACGAUCAACACCAGCAAGCCCUCUAGCAAUCAUCGACGACUUCCAAACCGUCAAAAUAUCCUAACUGAUAAUUCCCCUACGGGGAAGCAGGAGAAGGCUCGGGAUGUUGGACACAACAUCUCUGCGCCGAGCAACGCCGAGCAACGCCGACGCCGCUCUCAGAGCACCAGCUCAUGGGCUCAGCGAGCAUUCAUGCAAACUUUUACUAUUGCUGUUAUUGACAGUCCAGCUGGGGCGUCGGCGUUGAUCAUUCUUCCAAGGCAUGUCUUCCCUUGCGGAACCUUGCCAGCGACAUUUCUGGAAUAG